AUGUUUGUACGUGAUUUAAAUAUACUUGGAAAUAGCAAGAAAGAUUUCUCCCUGCGCGCCUUCUUUUUGCUGUUGUUGUUGUUGUACAGGCAGGACCAGAGAAACUUUUUGUUGUCAUUAAAAAAAAAAAGAAAGAGAGAAAGAAAGAGACAACCAAUAUUUAAAGAUUACAAACCCAUUAUCAUUAUUACAAAUCAAAUCAAAAUCAUAAUGUCAGAUACGUUAUAUUCACAAAGAGAAGAACAAAAUAAUAAAAAAUUUGAUGAAUUAGCAUCAACAUUAAAUCGAUUUAGAACAACUAUAGAUCAAGAUAUUCAUGGACAAAUUCAACAAGAAAAUUCACUACUAGAUUCAUUAAAUGAUAAUUUUAAUUCAAUGAUGAUACUGGUUAAAAAAACUUCUGGAGAAUUAAGAAAUGUUAUGAAUAGAAAUGCAAGUUUAACUAGAAUUGUUGGAUUAAUACUACUUGCAUUUUUCGUCAUUUGGAUGUUAUAUAAAUUAUACUAA